UUGCAGGAUUCAAUAGUAAAUACACAGCUCGCGAAUAGUAAAGACGUGUGUUUUUUAAAAGUUUAUAUUUAUCUGGAAACAAAAUAUGAGUAUUUUAUCAUUUAAAGUUAACUGUUAAUUAUCAUAAUAGUAAUUAGUUUGAGUAAUAUUAAUUGAUUCCCUCAACAAAAUGGAAUCAAGUACAAACAAUACCAAAAUUUCCGAUUCAGGAUAUUCGAACAGUUGCAGCAACACGACGUCGCAAGGCAGCGCAAGUUCAAAAUCCAGACACAGCGGCGGUAGUAAUUCGAGCCGAAGCAGCGGAUACGGAGGAGCACCGAAUCCGAACGAAAGUACUGACUCCGGUCAUCCGCAAACAUCUAAGCGCAACAAGGACCGAGAGCACAAAAAGAAAAAGCAAAAAUGCGUGGUGCCAACUCUUGCCACUAUUCCACAAGCAUUCAGCGUACCAAACGAGAAUCUAAACGUGGCGCCACCUGUCAAGCCUACUAUUAUUGGUAUGUACUGGAAUUUGUCUUAAACGUUUCAGUGCUUGUGAUUUUUGAAUUUUAGUUAAAAAAAAAAGAAAUUGUGACAAAUUCGUUCGCAAAUUUCUUCAUAAAUCUGAAACACUAAAAAAUUUAAAUUCUAACACAAUUCAACAAAUACUUUCAGCCAGGGACCACAGUUGUUUAUUCGAGCCUCACCAGACAGGUUGGACAUUGCGCACCCAAAAUAUAUCGUCAAGUCAAUAUAAAAUCACUAAAAUAUAAAAAUGUUUUGUUCUACUGUAUACAAGGUAUGACAAAAAUAAUGUCACAAACUUUUUAGUUGUUGAUAUUUAUGGUAAAAUAGAUUCAAAAUUCAACUUUUUGGCAUAAAAAAAAAGUUUCUUCCAGUUUGUCCCAUUAUUUUUUGACAUCCUGUAUUAAUCUGCAGAACCCCUGUGUGCAUUAAAACGAAAUUUCUGUGUACCUACACUAAAAAAACAGAUGCUUAGGUCUAUUAGUGACGUCACUUGUAGAAGGGGCGAUUUGGAAUCGAGGAGUGACGUGAACUUUGCGGGCAAAGUAAGGUAAAUUCACUAAAAAUAGGGGAGCAAAACUCCCUUUUUUUCUUUGUUUUACUUAAUUAAGUACCUCUGUUUCAUUUUUUUUGGUAUUUGGUCGGUUGAAAUUAAAUUAGAACAUUUAACAUUUAAUUAUUUAAGUUGGAUCAAAUUUAAAAGUUAAGUGUCCAUAUUUAAUGAAAGAAAAAAAAAAGGUCUUUUUCUGAUAAUAUUUCUUUGAUGAUAUUUUUGGGUAUUUUUUUUUAAAUUUAUUUGAUUUAUCUACAAUACAUUCACCCAAAAACUCAUUCAAUAAAAGCCAUUUGAAUAAAAUGUUUUAUUUAAUUUGUUAUUACAAUUAUUUAGGUGUGGAAGCAGUAUCAUCUCCAGAAAUAGUACCAGAAAAUUUGGAAGUUGGUGCUAAAACUGCUGAGCCACUUUUGAUCACUGUUGCGUCUCAAGUUCAAACUGAUGUUGAUGAAAUGAUCACUAUUAGCGCUGAAGAAGAAAAAAUGCCACAAAUAUGGCCAGACAAAGAAUUAGGAGAAAAAGUUGCUGAGAAUCACUUUGACAAAGAACUGCCUGAAUCUGAUCUGAUGCAUAGUCAACCUGAAGUCAAUGAUGGUUUCUGCUGUGUAAUCUCCAUGUACGACGGUGUGGUGCUUUAUGCUACACCCAGCCUCACUCCCGUUUUAGGGUUCCCGACUGACAUGUGGUUGGGACAUUCUUUCAUCGAUUUUGUCCAUCCCAAAGACCGAGAAACGUUUUCCAACAAAGUUAGCACCAGCGUGGGUAUGCCAUUGGUCGAUUCUCAAGGAAAAGUUACAGAUGUAAGAAAUUAUUUGUAUGUAUGCCUUAAAAGACAUCCCAAUCUCCAAGCAGAAGAAUCAUUGCCAUCUUAUCAAGCCUUUCAUUUAACUGUUACUCUGAAACAGUUAACCGAAGUUUCAGAAACUCAUAACAAUGGAUUCUUUUUAGUAAUUAUCGCAGUGCCUGUCUUUAGUGCCUAUAAAGUUCCAGGUGAAACAAAAACAUCAACCACUAAAUUGGGUAUGCGUCAUACUGCUACUUGUAUAUUUAGCUAUAUUGAUCCAGAUGUAGUUGCCAGUUUUGGAUUUUUGCCUCAAGACAUGCUAGGAAAGUCAGUAUUUGAUUUUUAUCAUCCCGAAGACAUGCCUUUUCUUAAAGAAAUUUACAAAUCUGUGAUGAAUACGUGCCAAGUAAAUGGUUCUGUGUACCGAAGUAAGCCUUACAGGUUUUUAGUACAAAACGGCUGUUUUGCCAUGAUUGAAACUGAGUGGUCCAGCGUUGUUAAUCCUUGGUCCAGACGAUUAGAGUUUGUGAUUAGUUUGCAUCAAGUAUUACAGGGUCCUUUGAAUCCAAACGUUUUCGAUGUACCUACCAAUGAAGAGUACAAAAAAAUCCCUGAAGAUGUUAUAAAGCAAGGGAAAGUUUUGCAAAUGGAAAUUUUACAGUUUCUUACAAAGGAGCAACCUAGACCAGUGGAAGUUGGUAAACAAGAAGUCUCGAAACGUUGCAAAGAUUUAGCAAAUUUCAUGGAAUCACUAAUGCACACAUCAAAAUUAGAAAUCGACACUGCACACCCGAGCAUUUCUGAAAGAGAUUCUGUAAUGUUGGGCGAAAUUUCUCCACAUCACGAUCUUUGUGACAGCAAAUCCUCAUCAGAAACUCCGCCCAGCUACAACCAGUUGAAUUACAACGAAAAUAUUACAAGAUUUUUUCAAAGUAAUCCUAAAACAACAGUAACUUCUGAUGAAAGUAAUUUGGCUAGUAUUGUUAUGAUGGAUACCGAUGGGAAAAAUGGACAGGAUUGUGGUCCGAUUGCACCAAAUACACAGAAAUGUUUGUCACCACUUCAAAACAGUGGAGCUUCUGGUUGCGGCAGCGCAGGUAAUCUAAGUUCGGGCAGUAAUCCGAAUUUGGAAAGCGGAACCACAAGUGGUACCAACACCUCAAACGACGAUUAUAAGCCUCCGCAUUUGACUGCUUCAGUAUUGGUCAGGCACAACGAGGACAUGGAAAAAAUAAUGAUACAAAAACACAAAAAAGAACGAUCCCACGUUAAGAGCCGCGAAACCAAAAAAUGCCAUCAGAAAUUGGAAAGAUAUGGCAACAGCGGGUUGAGAGAUGAACCUGCAAAUGAGCAUAAUCAAGGAGUUAAAAGGAGCGGUUCAAUAUCAUGGAAGCAAGAUUACCACAAACUCUCCAAAUACAACCACCAAACCAAUACAAUCAAUCCUAUGAUAACUCAAACUGUACAAAAACAACCUCCUAAUAAUAAAGUUUACAGAACGGAAAAUAAUUUGUUCAAUGCAAGUGGUAAUAUUUGGCCACAGUUUACUCAAACCUCCACCCAGCCAUGUUUCACACCGAACACUCCAAGCAUAUUGCCAGUUUAUUAUAUGCCCACAUUCGUUCAACCCAGGCCUGUGCCUACCAACGUAGAACCAAGUGAAAGAUUCCAAGUCCAAUACAUGCCAGCCAAUCUAUAUUGCAACUACAACCCAAUCUUUUUGCCACAACCCAUGCUGUGUCCGACUGUACCGAUAGUUCCAAUGCCUGCUCAAAAUCCUGGUACACCGAUUGGUAUUGAUGGACGUCAAUUUGGGACUAAUAUUGCUUCUCCAAAGAUUAUGUCGGGUCCACCAUGUCCAACUAAUCCAGGACUGUCCAACAGUGGUCUAAUGCAACAAUCAGACCAAUUUGGCAAAAGCCCAUCAAAUGUUACCAGACCAAUGCAGCAAUGCGACAGACCAUCGUCGCAAGCGACUUCUGUCAAAGCUGAACUUGGUAGUAGAAUGGGUUCUAUAGCUUCUGCCAGUGUCUACGUCAAUAAGGCGUUGUCUGAAUGUUCACGAAAGGACUUGGGUUUGCAAUCGGUCUGUUCGCCUGAUACGCCCCUGGUCAGCCCUCCGGAUGGUGAAACCCAAGCAGAACAGUUUAAGGCUAACGUCAAGACAAUGGAAACUCCAAAGCAACCAUUACAGCCGAAUAAUUGUUACAGAAGCAAACGUAUGGACGAAGAAAGUAGCUGCUAUUCUAGUUCUUAUUCUUCUUUAUUGAAAACUGAAUCUGGCUCAAAUUAUGAUACUACCUCGAACAAUAACACCAAUACCAAUAGGACUGAUGAUGAAAUGUUCAAGCAGCAACGCAAAACUUACCCAAUGAGGAAAAAGGAUCCACCCUGGGUGGAAUCGGUAUCAGUUUCUCCAGAUUUAAUCUACAGAUACCAGGUGGCUGUGCAAAAUCUAGAAGACAUAUUGAAAAAGGAUAUGGACAAAUUGAAAAGUUCCGAACAGCCUAUGAUGGUAAACGACCAACUGCACCAGCUCUACAUUGAAAUGGAACUGGAAGGCUUAUCGAAGGCUUUAACUCUAGAAGAAGGUUCUUCGUCAAGUAGUAGCAGUAGCGAUGAAAAUCCAACUAACCAACACAUAUCAAACCAAAAAAAGAAUCGAUCUUUCAGUUCUUUAAUGAUGAUUUAUGAAGAAAAUGCCCCACUGCCUCCGCCAGAAGCAAAUUCUUAACUAUCAUAGAUCUAGAUUUUAUACCAUUUUAUAAUCAGCCAAAGAAAUCUAUAUUUAUAUAAUCAGGAUUUAUAAAUAUAUUUUUAUUAGUGUAGAUGUUUAUUUAUUGACGACUACAAGUAACCUGAUUUAUGUUUUAUUUAAGCACAACAAAUUAAUUUUACCAAUGCACGGAGGUACUUUUCUGAAUGUUAGUGACAAAAUACAAUUUCAUGUUACUUGUGGUUUAUGUAAUUCUUUAGAAAAAAUUACAUCAUUAGAAAAUAGGUAGAUUUUAAAUUUUGAUAAAAGAGACAUUAUUUUGGAUAUGCACAGUGGAUACACAAGUUGAGGGCUCAAUUCAGGACAUCUCAAAGCAGCUUCAAAUGUAAUCAGAGAAAAAGAAAUUCUCAUCCAUAAAAUUUCUAUCAAUACCAAGUGUAUUGGUACACCUUCAUCAGUUUCUUUGUGAUGUCGUGGAAUUAACGGUAAAGUGGUCAUCUAUUUUUAUUGAAAAAAAAAGUGCCAAAGACUCAACCAUAACAAUCACCCAACCCAACACAUUCCUGUAAAGGAAUAUUUUUAUGGUGUAUACAAAAAUUGUUAUCCAUUUUAUGUAUAGGCUAAGUUUUCCACUUUUUAAAAAAAAUCUAAACAAUUGUUAGAUAUAAGUAUGAAUCUAUUACCUAUUUUAUUGUAUGGAGUCUAGAGAUAUUAACCUAAUUUGUCUAGAAUAGUUUCAAUUACAAAAUAUUAUUAUUUUGUUCAUUGAAAUAUUUUAAAUAAUUUUGCCUUUUUUUCGAUAACAUUUCUCGAUUAUGUAGUAAUUCAAUGUGAUUUUAUAUUUAUAAUGUAGGUAAUAAAAUGAUUUAUGUGAAGAUAUAUUUUAAAGUUUUAUUUAAAAUUAUAUUUUUUUGGUAAGUUUAAUAAUCUACUAUAAGCGUCUUAAUUAACUCUCAAAUUGUUCUAGAACAACAACUGCGUCGUUUUCGUAAUUCUCUUCAACUAUUUCCACUACAUGACUAGCCCCAUCAUCUUCUACAAUAUAUUCAUCCAAAUGCUGUGACAGAUCUUUUUCCUGUGACCCAUUACACUUGUCCACAUCUUGUUCCAAAUUCUCAUUUGUUUGCUCAGUCUGAUAAGCUUCUGGUGAUUCCCUGGUUUGACAUUGACUCAGAAUGUGUCGUGCAAAUGGGCUAGCUUUAAUAGUAGCAUAGUCACAUUUAGGGCAUUUCAGAAUGCCUUCUACUGUUCUGUCGCAAUGAAGAGCCAUGUGUUUGUUUAAAUCAUUUAAUCUUUUGGCAGAGUAACCACACUCGGUGCAAUUGAAAAUAAAAAGGGAUUUGUUAACUUGGUGGCUUAAUAAAUGCCUCUUUAAAUCACCUCGUCUUGUUGUGGAGUACGAGCACAUAUGGCAAGGGAAUAAUCGCUUACUAAGAGUCUUGGUAGUAUGGCCAAUUAUAUGCUUAUUUAAAUCGCUUUUUCUUUUAGUUGCAUAGGGGCAUUCCUUGCAUUCGUAUUUGGGAUAAUUGUCGCAAUGGGUAAGCAAAUGCUUGGGCAUAUCAAAUUUUCUGAAAGUUGUGUAGAAGCACUCUGAGCAACUAUAAACAGGAAGCUCUACAGGCGAUCUAUGGUCUCUUAUAUGCUGAUUCAUAUCCAAUUUUUUCAUCGAUUGAUAGCCACAAAAUGGGCAGGCGAAUAUGUUUUUUACUGGUUUGUUUCUGAAUUCCUCAUAAAAUGUUGGGUAUUUUUGGUGCUCUUGGGGAAUUGGCU